GUUUUCCCUUCUUUUGUGGCAUUUCCCUACUUCUAAAGUCAACACUGAGUUUCCAUUGAGUUUUCUUGUUGAAUUUUGAUGUGGUGUAACUAGCAAUAAUAGUCAGGGAAUUGGUGAAUGAAGUGUGAUUGGGAUUUUAUGACUGGACUAUGACAUUUGACAUGGGUUUGGGGUGAUAAAGUGUAAAAAUUACGCCGGUCUCUUUGGUCAUACUUGGGUUAAAUCAAGUCGUCUCGUUCUCAAUUCUGAUAACUCUGUGGCAGUGGGAGCGAGAUAAGGGCCUUCGACCAUAUAGUGGCAAAAACAGAGGUUCGAUCCCACUUCUGCUGAAACAACGUGAUUGUGUGUACGUGUUGGUGGAAUUUCUCGCUGGAGCUUGAAGAGAGUUCUGGUUCGGAGGAGUCUGGGUGCCGAAGGUGACGAUAGAUGGAUCGGGUGCCCAGUUGCAAGUGACAAGUGCACAGUGACGGUCAGAUCAUCGCGAAAAAAAAACAGUUUUUCCGGGUGCGUUUUGGAGUGUCGCAAUGACGUGAAAAUCCAAUCAUUCAGGAGCCCAAAUCUUGUAUGAAAAAAAAGAAUGCAGUGAUUUUGUGCAAAAGAGCCAAAAGAAUAAGUGUCUGUGGUGAAAGUUCUCUUGAUACCGCUCAAAGUAACAUAAAAAAAGUAAACUCUGGAUUAAGUGAAGUUGGAACUGGGAAAAGGAGAUAAACUCUGCUGUGAAAAUUCCCAGGAGGGAAUUGUAACCUGUGAAAGGAAGGACUUUUUCCUGCACAACUUUCCAGGUGGAUUAUUGUCUGAGUGCGCUGCAUAAAUUAAGUGUGAACAGAAAAAUUGAGGAAGAAAGGAUGUAUUCGGUGUUAGACAGGUGUGAUAGUUCUAACAGAGGGCAAAGAGUUUAAGUGAAAAAGUAGUUUUAGUGUUUAGUGUGAAAACUUGUGUGUGUGUGUGUUAUCAGUGACUGUGGAAAAUGGUAGAAUCGGGAAUGAGAAAUAAUCCAGCCACAUCGACAGGCUCCCGCUGUGGCGUCCUGGAGACUCGUGUACGUGGAGCUUGGUACCGUGUCAUGGUAACACUGGAAGCCGAUUAUCUCUCUGUGAGUCUCGAUGAAUCCUGCGAUCCUGUUGACCACUCAACCACUCUCAAUGGAACCAUUGGGAGCAAUCACAGUGGAAAUAAUGAAUCUGGUGGUUCUCUGCCAUCAUCCGCUGGACCGUCUCUAAAUUCGGACGAUUUGAACAGUGGUGAACAUUUGUUGAACAACAAUAAUCCGUUGGAGAAUGGUGUAGCGGAAGUGUGCGAUGUACCUGAUCAUGUGGCAAAUCAAAAGCGACACGUUCGUGUGAUAAAAUCAGACAACAAUGGUCUCGGUAUUUCAAUAAAAGGUGGCCGGGAGAAUCGUAUGCCAAUUCUCAUAUCAAAGAUUUUCCGAGGAAUGGCUGCUGAUAAUGCCAAAGGUCUCUACGUGGGCGAUGCUAUUCUGGCGGUAAAUGGAGAGGAAUUGCGAGAUGCCACACACGAUGAAGCUGUCAGGGCGCUCAAGAGGGCAGGAAGAGUCGUUGAUCUUGAAGUGAAAUUCCUGCGAGAAGUCACACCGUACUUCCGGAAAGCCAGCAUCAUAUCAGAGGUGGGAUGGGAACUUCAGCGAGCAUUUCUCUGUCCACUUGGGCCGGGGGCAACAUCAUCACCUCCAGCUCCCAGGAGUCCACCACGAGCUGAUACACGAUACAUUCCCCUGCAAUUGACACAUUUGGCCAGGAAUUUGAAACAUCCCGAUCCAGAAAACCGCUGUAUUGAACUUCAUUCACCGGAUGGUAUUCACUCCUGCGUUCUCCGUGCAUCGGAUUCCCAGGAAGCUCUUGCUUGGUUCAAUGCGCUGCAUUCCACAAUGGCCAGGAGUACGCAGUGUGCUCUCCUGGAAGCCAAUCGAGCUCUUGCUAGUAUUCUCGGGGAACUGAAGCAUAUUGGAUGGCUCAGUAGAAGAAUAGGUUGUGAACAGAAUGGACGGUCGAGUUCUGAGAGCUCUGAUGACACAGACAGAUGGCAACCAGUGUUUGUCGCAGUCACGGAUCGGGAGUUGAGGAUAUACGAAAGUGCUCCGUGGUCUGUUGAAGCCUGGAGUCGUCCUCUGGAGUGUUGUUCACUUGCAUCCACACGACUAGCUGGUGCCGGAAGUUCAUCAUCGGUUAAUUCAAACAGUGCGGCAAAUCAGAGUACCGUGUUCUGCGUGAGGUGCGGUACAGCCAGGGGUGUUAUCAGUCACUGGCUGCGUGCAGAGACGCACCGGGACAUGGCUGCAUGGGCUCGAGCUCUUGUCCAGGGCAGCCACAAUGCCGUGAGUUACCAGCGGGAGUUCUCAUUCCGGUGCCUCUAUCAGGGUCGUCCGUGCCAAUUGAUUGUCCAUCUCGACCGGGGAUUUUCCCUUCUCGAGGGUGGAAUUGGACCAUCAAGUAAGGCCAUUUGGUGUCAUCCCUUCGAUCGACUCAAGGGUUCUGCCGACGAUGGAAUUCGCUGCUUGUUUCUCGACUUUGGCGCUGAAGAUGGUGAAAUUGAAUUGGACAUGGAAUGCUGCCCAAAACCUGUGGUGUUCGUUCUUCACAAUUGUCUGUCAGCCAAAGUCCACUCUCUGGCGUAACUUUAACUUCCAAAAAGAAAAAAAAAAGGAAUUUCCCAUUCAAUGUAUUUUUGUCUGGAAAAAUCUCCACAAAACCUCUUUUAUCAGUCAAAAGGAGAAGGAGCUUUUUGGGGAGAGUUUGUUGAAAAUUUUUCUCAUUCACGUGCAAUUUGUGUGUGAGAGAUUUUCUCUUGAGAACUUGAGGAAUUUUCCAUUUGAAAAUGCAAUCGUGCAUUGAUGGUGUUAUACAGAGAGUAUAAAAGACUUAAAAUUGCAGAACAAUUUUUGGUCUUAAGUACGUCGAAUGAAGUAAGGAAAAGCAUUUAGAGGGAGCUGAAGAAAGUCUCCAAUAUUUUUGUAAAAACGAAAAAGUAGCUCGAUGAAGAGAUAUUUGAGGUAAAUUGAGUGCUUUCUUCCAUGAAGGAGGGAAUUCGAUUGAUGUCCAAGAUAUAUAUUUCCUCCCUGAGAAUUCUUGUUUUAUUUUUUCAGCCCUAUUUUCAUUUUAUAUAUAAAACAAUUUGUUAAGUACAGAGAUGUAUAUGUUGCUUAAAAAGAUGCCAGUUAAGAUGUUUGAGUUGUCUCAUGAAAUGUACUCGCACAAAAUGGACAGA